AUGAAGUGGUUAGAUGAGAUGGAAACUGUGAUAGAUAUUAGCGGUUGUGCUAAGGAGGAUGUGGUCAUGUUUGUAUCCCAAUCUUUUAAGGGUGAUGCCCUUACAUGGUGGAAAGCGCUGGAGAAGUUUGUAGAUCUGGUUAAGGACACUUAUUGUCCUCAGCAUGAAGUUGAGCGUAUAGAAACCGAUUUCCUCACCCUAGUGAUGAAGGAUCUGGACUGUAGAUCCUAUGUGACUAGUUUCAACUCCAUGUCAAGACUUGUACCGUAUCUAGUCACUCCCGAGCCCAAACGCAUUGCGCGUUUUAUUGGUGGUCUGGCCCCUGAAGUGAAGGGGAAUGUAAAGGCUUCUAAGCCAGCCACCUAUAGAUCCGUUGUAGAUCUAUCAUUGUCCCUCACAUUGGAUGUUGUGAGGAGUCGGGCGAGGAAGACUUCUGAAGAAGGGAAGAGGAAGAGAGAGGAUGAUCAGUCUUCUCAAUCAAACAAGAAAGGUAAAUGGAACUCUGGUUCCAAGAAGGGGCAAUCUGGCGAUAAGCCCAGGUGCAAAACUUGCCACAAAAGGCAUUUUGGUAAGUGCAACCGAGACCCACAGGCCAAACCAUGUGGGAUCUGUAAGAAAAAGGGGCACAAGUCUGUCGAGUGCCAGAAUAUUAAGGAUGCAACCUGUUACGGUUGCAAUGAAAAGGGGCACAUCGAAACCAACUGCCCCAAGAAUGUGAAGAAGCCUGAGGAGGCUAAGAAGAACAACGCCAGAGUGUUCCAGAUGCAGGCAAGGGAAGCGGUGAAUGACGAGAACGUCAUAACAGACUCUAGACAUAAAGUAUGA